AUGAAUGAUAUUCUAUCUGAGGAUAAAGCCAAAAUUGAAUCACAUGAUCGUCGUCAACCUCCAAGAACGUAUGAUCAGAAAAUCGUUAUGAAAAUGUACGGUGCCAUGUUGCAUGAAGUCAAAAACCCAUUUGACCCCUACGUAGAUCUCGCGGAAGAAGAGUUUCUGGGAAAGAAAGUCAAAGAAUACACCAGAGAAAAUUUUGAGGAAUUGGAUAAUUUUUUUACUCCUACUUGGGAACAAAUGGAUCAAAUGCUCAAAAACGAUGGAAUCUAUGACGAACACUACAAGGAAGAAAUUAAAAUGGUCCGAGACUUCCAAGAGCUUGUUAACUCAGAACUCAAAAAAGCCAUGCAACGACAGGGAUUCGUAACUUCAACUACCGAAAACUUAAAAGGACAAAUCAUAGUUCGUCUUCUCUCCGGAAAACGACUCAAAUGUGAUCCAUCUGGUGUGCUCAUUGAGCACUGCAAAGCUUUCAAAACUUACUCAGACAUCAAAGAUUAUCCGAAAUACCCCGAAAUGCUUUGGACCAUAAAACAAUUCCAUGAGAAAUACGAUUAUCAGGAGGCGUUAAUGAAGAAGGGAAAAUAUGAAGUUAUCUCAAGACCGGUCAAAUCCGUGCAGUCUACCAGUGAAAAUAGGUGUGUCAUUUCCCAAGAAGAUCUUUUGAGAUUGGAAGAGAAGUUUGAAGCUCUCAAGACUGCAGAGGGUGGAAAACCCAAGUGA